AUGCUGAGGCCUGAGGUCUCGUCAACCUCGUCUUCUGCCCCUGCGGCUUCCCCCGCAUUGGGAAAGGCUAGAAUUCAGGGUCGUCGCUAUAAUUUCGGACUCCAGGAGACUCCUCAGAGCCGCCCUUCAGCGCAGGCCUCCGCGUCCACACCUCCGGGCACGUCUGGAGCCGCCGGCGACCAGAGCAGCAGCAGCAGCAGCAGUGUCCAUGGCCACCCGCCCUGCACCCGACCCGCCCAAGGUUCAUAUUUUGGAAACAAAAGAUCUAAUGCAGAAAACAUAUUUGCAUCAAAUUUUACUUUUGGUACAAGCUCAUCUUCUGCACGAGAUAGUAAUUAUCCUCAAAUACUAAAAACUCCAUUGUCUGCUGGAAAUCCCCAGAGAUCAGGUUAUAAAAGUUGGACACCACAAAUGGGAUAUUCAGCUACAUCCUCAUCUGCAGUAUCAAUACACUCCCCAUCAGUUAUUGUAGCUGUUGUAGAAGGGAGAGGACUUGCCAGAGGUGAAAUAGGAAUGGCAAGUAUUGAUUUAAAAAGCCCACAAAUUAUAUUGUCUCAGUUUGCAGACAACACAACAUAUGCGAAGGUGAUCACUAAACUCAAAAUUCUAUCGCCUUUGGAAAUAAUAAUGUCAAAUACUGCUUGUGUUGUGGGGAAUUCAACUAAGUUGUUUACUCUGAUCACAGAAAAUUUCAAGAACGUUAAUUUUACUACUAUCCAAAGGAAAUACUUCAAUGAAACAAAAGGACUAGAGUACAUUGAACAGCUAUGCAUAGCAGAAUUUAGUACUGUCCUAAUGGAGGUUCAGUCCAAGUAUUACUGUCUUGCAGCUGUUGCAGCUUUAUUAAAAUAUGUUGAAUUUAUUCAAAAUUCAGUUUAUGCACCAAAAUCGCUGAAGAUUUGUUUCCAGGGUAGUGAACAGACAGCCAUGAUAGAUUCAUCAUCAGCCCAAAACCUUGAAUUACUAAUUAAUAAUCAAGACUGUAGGAAUAAUCACACACUGUUUGGUGUUCUAAAUUACACUAAGACUCCUGGAGGAAGUAGAAGACUUCGUUCUAAUAUAUUAGAACCUUUAGUUGAUAUUGAAACCAUUAACAUGAGAUUAGAUUGUGUUCAAGAGCUACUUCAAGAUGAAGAACUCUUCUUUGGACUUCAGUCAGUUAUAUCAAGAUUUCUUGAUACAGAGCAGCUUCUUUCUGUUUUAGUCCAGAUUCCAAAGCAAGACACGGUUAAUGCAGCUGAAUCAAAGAUAACAAAUUUAAUAUACCUAAAACAUACCUUGGAACUUGUGGAUCCUUUAAAGAUUGCUCUGAAGAACUGUAACACACCUUUAUUAAGAGCUUACUGUGGUUCCUUAGAAGAUAAGAGGUUUGGAAUCAUACUUGAAAAGAUUAAAACCAUAAUUAAUGAUGAUGCAAGAUACAUGAAAGGAUGCCUGAACAUGAGGACUCAGAAGUGCUAUGCAGUGAGAUCCAACAUAAAUGAAUUUCUUGACAUUGCUAGAAGAACAUAUACAGAGAUUGUAGAUGACAUAGCAGGAAUGAUUUCGCAGCUCGCAGAAAAAUACAGUCUUCCUUUAAGGACAAGUUUUAGCUCUGCUCGAGGAUUUUUCAUCCAGAUGACUACAGAUUGUGCAGCCCUUCCCAAUAAUCAACUUCCUUCAGAGUUUAUUAAGAUAUCUAAAGUGAAAAAUUCUUAUACCUUUACAUCAACAGAUUUAAUUAAAAUGAAUGAAAGAUGUCAGGAGUCUUUGAGAGAGAUCUAUCACAUGACUUAUAUGAUAGUGUGCAAAUUGCUUAGUGAGAUUUAUGAACAUAUUCAUUGCUUAUAUAAACUAUCUGACACUGUGUCAAUGCUGGAUAUGCUACUGUCAUUUGCUCAUGCCUGCACUCUUUCUGACUAUGUUCGGCCAGAAUUUACCGAUACUUUAGCAAUCAAACAGGGCUGGCAUCCCAUUCUUGAAAAAAUAUCUGUGGAAAAACCUAUUGCCAACAAUACCUUUAUUACAGAAGGAAGUAAUUUUUUGAUCAUAACUGGACCUAAUAUGAGUGGGAAAUCCACAUAUUUAAAACAGAUUGCUCUUUGUCAGAUUAUGGCCCAGAUUGGAUCAUAUGUUCCAGCAGAAUAUUCUUCCUUUAGAAUUGCUGAACAGAUUUUUACAAGAAUCAGUACUGAUGACGAUAUUGAAACAAAUUCAUCAACAUUCAUGAAGGAAAUGAAAGAGAUAGCAUACAUUCUACAUAAUGCUAAUAACAAAUCACUCAUAUUAAUUGAUGAGCUUGGCAGAGGUACUAAUACAGAAGAAGGUAUUGGCAUUUGUUAUGCUGUUUGUGAAUAUCUGCUGAGUUUAAAGGCAUUUACACUGUUUGCUACACAUUUCCUGGAACUAUGUCAUAUAGAGGUCCUGUAUCCUAAUGUGGAAAACAUGCAUUUUGAAGUUCAGCAUGUAAAGAACACCUCAAGAAAUAAAGAAGCAAUCUUGUAUACCUACAAACUGUCUAGGGGACUCACAGAAGAAAAAAAUUAUGGAUUAAAAGCUGCAGAGGUGUCAUCACUCCCACCAUCAAUUGUCUUGGAUGCCAAAGAAAUCACAACUCAAAUUACCGGACAAAUUUUGCAAAACCAAAGAAGUACCCCUGAGAUGGAAAGACAGAGAGCUGUGUACCAUCUAGCCACUAGACUUGUUCAAACUGCUCGAAACUCUCAAUUGGAUCCAGACAGUUUACGAACAUAUUUAAGUAAUCUCAAAAAGAAGUAUGAAACAGAUUUUCUCAGGGCUGAACAAUUUUCAGGAAAGACUGAAGAAUAA